GCUCAUCCGUGUCGAACACCCACUCCGUUCGCGUCCACCUGUCUCUCCUUUUUACCGUCCUAGUGUCUAUCUGAGUGGCCAUGUCGUUCUUCAACUCCAUCGGGCGGUCUAUGCAACGCGCUCCUCGUCCACCGAGACGGUCGACUACGCCAACAUCGGCGACCUUCCCGUCCACGGACUCUCUUCCCCCAACUACCCCGACAGGCACUACUACCCCAAAGCCGCUGUACCUGUGCAGUCCCUUCGUCGAAGCAGCCCUCGUGAAGGGCAACUUCAAAACCAUCGUCAUGCUUCCGAAGUAUGCGGAUGUUAUGGAAUGGGUUGCGGUCAACAUCUUCGACUUCUACACAAACCUUAACCAAUUCUAUGGUGUCCUCGCUGAGUGCUGCACGCAACAGUCAUGCCCAGCCAUGGCUGCUGGCCCCAAUCUCAACUACACGUGGAUCAAUCAAGAUCGGAAGAGCGUGCAACUGCCCGCGCCGACUUACGUCGACUACGUGAUGACUUGGGUGCAAAAUCUGCUUGACGACGAGAACGUGUUCCCGACAAAGUCUGGUAAGGAAUUCUCGCCGAACUUCCCUUCCACCGUCAAGCACGUGUACCGUCAACUCCUCCGGGUCUUCGCGCAUAUCUACCACGCGCACUACCAGCAGAUCCUGCAUCUGCGCAGCGAGGGCCACUUCAACUCUCUCUUCGCGCAUUUCCUGGCCUUCGGCAAGGAGUAUGAACUGCUCGAGGUGAAGGAUAUCAAAGGGCAGCCAGGCGUGCCAGUAGGGAUCGGGGCUCUGUGGGAGAAGUGGAAAGAGAUGGGCAUCCUCGAGUCCUGAAUUGGGGUGUGAGUUUUGUGAGGACAUGGGUGGCAGGCGGAAGGGCGCAAUGGGAUCGGAGACGGCCGGUUCGUCAUAUACCACACGCAAUGUUGUCUCAGACUGCUCUGGGCCUGUAACAUACAUACAUUCUCACGGUCGACUGGACCUCUCGUUAUAAGUAGAUGCGAC